AUGGUACUUGCUAUUAGCUGCGACCGCAAUGGCGCCUGGUCCAUCGACACCGACUAUCUUCCUGUGCAGUUCCUAUGCGUCCAUGAGCGUUUGCCUGCGAACGCACCUUCCGACCAUGCCCACGUUAUCGAUAUGACUUUCUACGAGCCUUCCCUGCCCUCUAUAGGGGUACAGUGCGAUGUCAAAAUCCAAGACGCAGUCGCCACUCUGCUCUUCAACAUCUCUAAGGCAACCUUGGAUCAAUUCCUUGACAGUCAGACUACAUCGUUCAAGUUUCUCUGGUCAUUCAAGAGGGAGCAUGUCGAGAAUCAGAUGAUCGUUUGGAGGCAGGGUGCUCAAGUUCUUGUCGGCCAGUUCGUAGAGUACCCCGAGGAUGAUGAAUUGGAAUGGGACAACCUUGUUCGUUGCCGUAUCAACUAUGACGGCUCUUGGGACCUUGCAUCCGCCACGUUUGGUAGAUACACUCGCCUUGGGCUUCACCACGCAUGGGCAAAAUCAUUCCUCCCACGUUACACCCGAAUGGGCAUUGAGCAAGACAAGAAGAAGGGGGAAGAGCAAUCCGCGCGGAUCUUGGGUGAUUACAUCCUGAGCAACGAGUGCUGGAUCGCCAAAGCGGAGUCCAAGUGGAACAUUGAGAUCAGCAUGGCCCGCUGA